AUGAAGUGCAAAGCCGUCGCAAGGCAUCAGGCGCUGAAAAUAGCCGAUCGUAGAAAAUUCACAUGUUGCAUCGCCGCCGACAUAGACAAUCCUUCACAUCUGGCCAUCAUCCUCGACCUGUUCCCGACUCAAUGGCAUCUCUCCUCUCUUCCAAAGAACGCGUAUCCUCAUUCAUUCAAGUCGUUUCUCGCACAAACUCUCGCAUUUCUGAACUUUCAUCUAACCCUGAAGCAUGAAAAUGCGCUCGUUGUGUACGGUGCAUUUCCUGGAAAGAGUGUCCUAUUAUACUCUUCGACGGAUCACAAAGCCGAAGGUGCCGACGAUAGUAUAGCGGUCCCAAAUACGUACUUGCCGUUCAAGGUCGUUGACACUGCUGUAACGAAGAGGAUUAGUGAAGAGCUAGACGCGAUGUCAGAUUUUGACGAAGAGGCACUGCGUCAGCUUGUCGGAGCGUUAACGAAGGCGUUAUGCCGUACGGGACUCUCUUUUCUCAAACCUUGCUCAAACCUCGAUUUGCUUGACGAACGAGCUGUGAUAGAUAUCAACUGGCUCGUAAAUCCAACUGCUACUAGCAUUGACUCAGACGUGCCGGUAGUAUCGCCGGAACCUCGAAUUGUCAUUCUCUCUGUCUCGCCGGACUUGUCAACGUCCUAUAUCCCUCUUAUGAACAGUAUCUUUUCUGCUCAAAACCUGUGCAAAGUCGCAAUAGAUGUUUGCAAGAUAUAUGCACCCGAUGCAGUAUUUUUACAACAAGCUGCGCAUUUGACUGGAGGAUCAUACAUCUACCUUGAAAGACGAGAUGCCCUAUUGCAACAUCUUCUGAUGACCUUCCUUCCGACGCCAUCUAUACGGCAACCUAUCGCAGUCCCUACGCAAGAUAAAAUAGACUUCCGAGUUGCAUGCUUUUUCCAUAAAACAAUCGUGGACAUCGGAUUUGUGUGUUCAGUUCGCUUAUCCAUCCUUUGCCAGCUAGUCCCUGUCUGUUCAACAUGCCGGACGAAAUUCCCGAUAAAGAACUUGCAACGGUUAAAUGUUUCUCGUCCGACUCCGCCGCCUGGUCAACGAGCUUCUUCUGUAGCACCUUCGGGAGCGCGGAUGCCCGUCACACCUACACCAGGAGGUACAGGAACUGGAACUGGAACUCUGCGCCCCACUGCACCCAGUGCGUUAGGCUCUAGCUUGACGCUUAACGUCGGCUCAAUGAGUCUAGGAUCAUCGGAUAAUAUACGAACAAAUGGCUCCGUUGUCACGGCGAGUGGGAACGCUACGCCGAACUCGACCGGUUCAGGGUUGGGGUGA